CCGCCUCCCGGCGCCCGCCCGGGUACCUGCCUGCAGGAGGCGGGGUGCGAGAGGCGGGCCCCGGGAGCGCGUGAGUCACUCGGCUCCCCCGGGUUCGGAGCGGGUCUUCGCCUCCCGCCCGGGGUCUCUUCUCAGCAUCUCCCCCCCGGGCGCAGCGCGCCCCCCGAGGCCGGACCCGGCCGCGUCUCCGUCUAGGCGAGGGUCUGUGUUUUCUGGAUUCUAUCCCAGUGGAGCUGAUUCCUGCUGACCAGCUUUUGAAGUAUUGACAUUGAGCAUCAUUAAUGAAACUCAACUGCUGUCUGAAUGGACAUUAUAAGAAAGGCUUUGGAGCUCAUCUUCUGUUAAAACAAUAAUGAAUUUCUUGGAAUGUAAUUCUAAUGGAGAUUGUUUUCUGUGCAUCCUGAAAGAAUUCCUCACUACAAUAAGCAAUUCUUCAUAGAUUUUCUGAAUACCACCACCUCUUAUCAAACAACUGGACCACUGGGUUGUUCAGAAAGACCUAAAGAAUUGUGACAAUCAAGUCACCUAGGAUAUCCAACCACUGUUAUUUAGAGAGCUCCUACUGAAAUACCAUGUCUAAGACCCCGGAGUUCAUCAAUCUGUCAUUUUUAUUAGAUCAUGAGAAGGAAAAGAUCCUGGGAGUCCUAAAGAGAGAUGAAUAUUUGAAAAGAAUGGAAGAGAGAAGAAUAAGGAAGCUGAAAACUGACCUCCUAGAAGCAAAACGUCGAAGUGGGAAGAUUCACCAGGAGAACAGCCGAGUCUGUGUACACUGUGAGAGAAGAUUGGGGUUCAUAUUUGACCGGGGGGAACUCUGCCAUAUCUGCUUACUGAGAGUGUGCAGCGCAUGCCAGGUCCCCUGCCGUGACGGCAAGUGGAAGUGCCCUGUCUGUGCCAAAGUCGCACAACUAAAGGUUAUAACUGGUGAAUGGUUUUUUGAAGAAAAAGCAAAGCGUUUCAAGCAAGUCAACACUCCUGGAACUGAAGUUAUCCGACAUUCCAUCUUAAGAAGAAACCCAGGAGCGGAAGGAAUGCAGAAUGAAGAAAAAACCUUCCAGGAUCCAGAAAAAUCAGACCUGCCACCUUCUGAUCGGCCCAAGAGAAAAGGGUUUCUAUUCAGUAAGUUCAGAUCAGUUACCAAAGGAGAAAUCGUAACUCCCAGAACUGAAAGUGCCCGGAGCUACAGCCUGGACUUAGACAGCCAACAUUUCCGGAGUGGCAAGUCAGUCGCUGGUUCAGACAGGGGAAGCGCUGGUUCCUCAGAUCUCAAUGAUCAGGAAGUUGCUCCUGGGACCGCAAAGAGCUUCUGGAGCAGCGCAAUAGCUUCAGUCAUUAAGAGAUCACCAGCUUCAAGCACACGCAGUGUGACCUCAGGCAGCACUAAGGAGCACGGUUUGGAAACCUCGAUGGAUUUGACUACCAUUGAGAGCACCUCUGAGAACUUCAGAAAGGGUCAUCGUAGAAAUGAUUCUGGCACACCAUCCAUAGCAGUGUCCAAGGUCUCCAUAUCCUCAGACCAGAGUCGAUCUGAGCUCGAUUUGAGUGGGUUUACAGAAGACUUUGAGGAUAUUGUCAGUUUAAGAAGCAAGUCUGUCCCCAGAACCAUAGACAAAGAAUUGGUUCCCAUGAGAAUGACUGAACAAGGUAUUCAAAACUUAGUGUCUUCUCGACUUUCUCCCAACACCUACAGUCUAGCAAGUGGCCUGUCAACCAAUUCUCAAGCAGGCUCUUACAGGAAAUGGAGCUUCCUAAAUGUGCCUGAUGGUGACUCAGACACUACCAGCCUUAACAGCAUGAUGAGUGUUUACAGUGAAACAGGAGACUACGGUAAUCUGAAGGUCAGCGGCGAGAUCCUUCUGCGUAUUAGCUACUGCUACAAAACUGGAGGACUGUACAUUUUGGUCAAGCAGUGCAGAAAUCUAGCCAUAGGAGAUGAAAAGAGACAGAGGACAGAUGCUUAUGUCAAGUCAUAUCUCCUUCCUGGGAAGUCCAGAAACAAUAAACGCAAGACCAAAAUCAGAACAGGCACCAACCCAGAAUUUAAUGAGACACUAAAGUACACUAUCAGUCACACCCAGCUGGAAACGAGAAUUCUGCAGCUUUCAGUCUGGCACUAUGAUCGAUUCGGACAUAAUAGCUUCCUUGGAGAGGUGGAGAUUCAUUUUGACUCAUGGAACUUUGAAAAUACAAGUGACAUGUGGUUUGAGCUUCAGCCCAAGGUGGAGUUAGCUGCUGAUAUCCAUCAUCAGUACAAAGGAGAACUGACAGUUACUUUACGUUACAUUCCCUCAAGAGCAAACCUGAUGCUUCCACUGGAACCAAUUCAAGUGAAGAAGACCUUUACAAGAGAGAAGAAAGAAUCACCUAUACUUUCUGGAGGAAUGCUUGAAGUGUUUAUCAAAGAGGCAAAAAAUUUGACUGCGGCAAAGUCAGGAGGCACUUCGGAUAGCUUUGUGAAGGGCUACCUGCUUCCUGAUGAUAAGAAAGCCACCAAGCACAAAACUACGGUAAUAAAAAACAGUGUUAACCCUCAAUGGAAUCAUACUUUCAUGUUCAGUGACCUGAAACCACAGGAUAUAAAUAAUGUUUGCCUAGAACUUACUGUCUGGGACAAAGAGGCCUUUUCCAGCAACAUCUUUCUUGGAGGAGUUCGUUUGAAUUCUGGAAGCGGUGUGAGCUAUGGGAAGAGUGUUGACUGGAUGGACUCUCAGGGAGAAGAGCAACGCCUUUGGCAGAAGAUGGCUGAAAAUCCUGGGACCCCUGUAGAGGGUGUACUUAUGCUCCGUGCCAGCAUGGGGAAGGUUGUGAAGGUACCAGCCUUCUAUGAAUGAGGUUUCCAGAGACUGUCUGGCUACAGUAACUGACUUGAGACUGGAAUUUUCUGUCUGUGCCAUUUCUCAAAUGAGGUUGUUAGGACGAGAAAAGAGAGAUGUCAGUGUUAUGAAUAGUUAGAAUUUUGCCAAGUGUAUAAAAGUUAUGUACCUCAAUAUGUUCAUGGUCAUUGGUCCAAGCCCUUUUUGAUUGAAUGAUAGUAUACUACACUGUCCUGUCAAAAAGCAUAUGUAUGAUGACUUACACAGGCUUUAUACUGUAGAGGAAACUUAUUUGAAACUAGUUAAAUUUGGGGGAUGCCCAACCUUUUUUUUCAGCUACUUUAGUGUUCCUCAAAAGUAUAUGUUCAAAGGGGGUGUCUCUCAGGAUGUAGAUUUCUUGAAGAGUAAGAAGAAAGGUGAUUGGACACUCUUUCUUCAUCUUGGUAAUGAAUGAUCCAAAGAAGGCAUUACAGGAUGAUUGUUGGGCAAGAGAUUAGCUCUAUUUUUGUAGCAAACUUGUGUGUCAACAAGGUAAGUUUUCAGAGCAAUCUGAUAGUUUUUUUCUAUGCUGUCUAUGUAAUGAAUCAUCUAAAUCAGCCUACUUUUUAUAGAAUUUCUAAGAAAGCUAAUAUAUUGCUCCAGAACAAUAGAUGCAAACCAGGAUUGACCUGGGAAUGGAAUAUAGGGUGAAUUUAGUGAAGAUAUAGCUAUUAGAGAUAUCUGUUUGCACAUUUAUUUUAUGAAAUUGUCCAAGCAACAAAAGGGUCUCAGCUGAAAGACAGUAAGGAAUAACCUACAUUUUGGGCCUCUGCUUAUAGUGUAUCUAUUCAAGUCCUGUUGGUCAAAAGGAGUCACAUGUUCAAGCCUAAAUUCAAGAUGCAAAGAAGCACAUUGCUCACAGUGCAGCCACGGGGACAUGAGGAUGCAGGAAAGAAUUAAGAAUGCAUUCAUUUACUCUAUGGUGUUUUCUGGGGCCAGAGAGAUAAUAUAGUAUGUCAGGUGCUUGUGUUGCAUGCAGCUGACAUUGGUUUGUUCCCUGGCACCAACUAUGGUGCCUGAACAUUACCAAGAAUAAGCUCUGAGCACUACUAGAUGUACCUUCUCCCCAGCCCCCCGGCCCCAAAUCUAUCAUACUUACUGUCAUAUAAAAGUUAUGGAUUGAAGCAGCAAGCAUAAAACUUAAAAAUACUUCUGACAUAUGUCUAUAUUUUGUAAAGUCAAAACCUACAGUCCAGGGGCUAGAACAAUAGUAUGGUGGGUAGGGUACUUGCCUUGUACUCAUCCAACCCUAGUUUGAUCCCAGGCACCCAGUACGGUCCCUAGAGUUCACCAGGAAUUGGUUCACAAUGCCCGGAGUAAGCCCUGAGCACAGUUAGAUGUGGUCCCCAAAACAAAACUAACAGAAAACUACCCAUAGCCCAGGGAGCUGGAAUGACUAGUUCAAGGUCAUAUAGAGGCCAUGACCAUAUCCAGACUUAAAUCCAGAAUGUUACUGCUAGGUCAGUGUUCUUUCCUCUGUAGUCUUUGGCAUGGCCCCAUGUUCAUCAGGAUUGAUGUAAGCACAAAGAUCAAGGAAAGUGGCAGAGUUUGAUUAUUUGAGUAAGAACAUCCUUUAUUCAAUCUUCUCUUGACAUCAUAUAGUAGCUCCUUAACUUGUUUUUUCACUUGACUUUAUAAAAAACAAUCCUUAAAAGAAAAGAAAUUUUUACCUAGUAGGAAAGUAAGAAUCACCUUUAGGCUUAUCAGCUCCAUUUUUCUAUAUUUAUUCUUGAAUUUUGAUAAGCAACUUAGAAUAUAGUUAGCAUUAUUCUUGGUAAUGGAAGAGGAAAUUCCAUUUCCAAUAGUAUCCAAAUAGGACAUCUAAGUUAUAAAAAAAAAUCGAAGUUGUUGAUCUAGUGUAGUUCAGUAAAUUUCGAAAAAUUCAUCAUAUCCCAAGACCAUCCUUCUUAAACACAGGGAAAAAAUGUAAAAUUAUCACUGCUGCCUACAUUAGAGAAAUAAAUUGUCUUCAGGCUUGAGGUGACUUUUUCUGUCAUCAAAUGACAUUUUGUGGGGAGGUGAGAGAAUGGGAUGGUAAAGCCUGAAGACAGUUACAGAGAAGUUGAAAGGAAGUUUAUUUGUUCAUUAAAAAUGGGGAAAAUUAUAAGAUAAAAAUGCAUAACUUGGACAUUUGUGUUUUAGACCCUAGAGCAAUUACACGUGUUCUUAGUUUCAUAACAUCCCGUAUCUCACGAUGAAAACUCAUGCACACAGAGGUCCAGGAGAAACCUGUAGAUACUGCUUUCAGAAAUAAAGGCAUAUUACCUUUAGUUCAUUCUCUUUUAUUAAGUAUGGUGGAGAAGCACAAAAAAAGCUUUUAAAUAUGGGGGAUAUAUGUGAAUGGCAUAACAUUUAAGUAGCUCAAGAUUGUGAACAUUAACGUUUUUCUCUUCAUAUAUCCGAAUAAAGGUUAUCAUGUUUGUCCCUUUA